UUUAUGUAAACAGGGUAAUGAAGAGAAACUCAAUAUGACUUUGAAUUUAAUUGUUCGUCAAGUGUAAGCACUGGAAAUAUAGGACGACACAAAAUUUUGAUGUGGUACACAUUUAUUACAUUCACAAAUGGAAUGAAUAGCGAAGAUCUCUCUUGCGGUCGAACAAACGUUUAACGGAACUUUUUUUGGGUUGGCCUGAGACCAUCAAACCAAAGACGGAUUUUAAUCUGAUAACUUGUAAUAAAGCUCGAUCAUGGCGGACAAAGGAAGGCUGGACUCGGGGGAUACUCGACAAGUUGACGAUGCCGUGUUAUUUGGAGUGAAUGAUAAGUCGCCUGCACACCUGACUGUUCUAUUUGGAUUACAGCAAGCUUUGAUGUGUAUCGGGGGUUCGCUCUCUCUGCCAUAUAUCUUGACAGCUUUGCUCUGUCCAGUUGACGAGCAGAACGUGCGAGCACAUCUUCUCAGCAUCAGUAUGUUCAUGUGUGGGUUAGCAACUGUGCUUCAAUGUUUCCUAGGUGUAAGAUUACCCAUAAUCCAAGGCGGUUCUCACACAUUCGUAGCUCCAAUUGUUGUCAUGAUGUCUCUAGAAAGGUUCCGGUGUCCAGACAAUGCUGAAGGACUUGAUGAACAAUCGGGCAAUAACACCGUUAUUGACUGGACCGUCAGGAUGCGGGAGAUACAGGGGAACCUGAUCCUAGCCUCCCUGACUCAGGUGCUUGUCGGGAGCCUCGGUAUCAUUGGGACUAUUCUACGCUUCGUCGGACCGCUAACUAUCGCUCCUACAGUGUCGCUGAUUGGUCUCUCUCUGUCACAUGUCGUGGCCAUGUUUUGUGAAACACACUGGGGAAUAUCCAUGUUGACUCUAUUUUUUCUUCUUUUGUUUUCUGUAUUUAUCAACAAAGUGGAAAUACCGAUUCCUUCGUUUUCACUCAAACGGAAGUGUCAUAUGAAGAAGAUUCCGGUAUUCCAGUUGUUUCCCGUUGUCUUUUCUGUCGCUAUUGUAUGGAUAUUCAGUCACGUGCUAACUGUAACAGACGUCUUUCCUAAUAACAGCACUAUUAUAGAAUACAAAGCCAGGACGGACUCCAAGAUGGAGAUCAUGACGAAAGCACCCUGGUUUACAAUUCCUACGCCAUUUCAGUUUGGGAUUCCAACAAUAAGCGCGGCAGGUUACAUGGGAAUGCUGGCAGCAACAAUUUCUUCUAUAAUCGAGUCAGUUGGAGACUAUUUUGCGGCUGCUCGGUUAUCUGGGGCCCCACUUCCGCCUGCGCAUGCUAUAAACCGGGGAAUUGCAUUCGAGGGUGUGUCUAGCAUUAUAUCUGGAUUGGUUGGAGCCGGUCACGCCACUACGUCAUAUAGCGGGAACAUUGGAAUCAUUGGAAUAACAAAGGUGGCCAGUAGGACGGUGUUCAUUACCGCUGGAGUCAUCCUGAUGGUGUGUGGGGUCAUAGGGAAGCUAGGGGCGGCACUGGCUAUCAUCCCAGAACCCAUCAUCGGGGGGACCCUUUUACUGGGCCUGGGGAUGGUGGCCUCCAUCGGCAUUUCAGUGCUGCAGUUUUGUGACAUGUCUUCUACUAGAAACAUCACCAUUCUCGGGGUGUCUUUCUUGAUGGGUUUGAUGAUCCCUGAAUGGUUGUCUGAAAACUCGGAUAGAGUCAAAACAGGUUCAGAUGAAUUGGACCAAGUGAUUCGAGUUCUGUUUGGAACAGCGUCCUUCGCUGGAGGUUUUAUAGGGUUCCUGCUGGAUAAUAUUGUCCCCGGAUCCAAACAUGAAAGGGGCAUCGACAGAUGGGUGAGACUUUCUGACAAUGGUGAAUCGGAACCGGAAGUAGAUGGCGUGUACGAUUUACCUUUUGUUACUAAAUAUAUCAGACGUGUCAGAUUGUGUCAGCUUUGCCCAGUAUCUCCAACGUUCGUAAAAUAUAGGAAAUCAUAUCUCAAGAUUCUAGCUCCUCAAGAGGACAGAGACACAAAAUCAGACAGAGAGAAUUGUAAAAGAAGUCUCGUUGAAUUGAAUUCAGAUGUUUAAGUAAUCAAACUAGUGAGAGUAUGCUUUGACUUUUUAUUCUAAAUAAAUGUGCAUAAUGGGAGUAUAACAUCUUUUAAAUACUACACAAAGCGUUAAGGAGAUUUUGACAAAUAUACUAUUAAGCAUCUUGUAUAACUCCAUUGAGCGUGUUUUCUGAAGUGCAAAACAUCACCCAUUACAAGUUGUUCUGAAUAGGAGAUAUGAUUUUUUCUAUUCUUUAG